AUGCUUAGCGCCGCCGCUCUGGAAUUCAGCGACUUGCAGGAACUCAAAGUUGCAAGGCUUAUGGUUUUGUUGUCAAGCGAAUGGACCCGGGAAUGGAACUGCUCUGACGCCAGUGAGCGCCGUGGCUUGCGUUGGACGAGCGGGAGUGGGAUGGGGGAGUCGGCAAUUUGGGGCCCAAGUUUGUUUGGAAGGAGCUCGGCCUGCGAUUUCCCAAAGUACGAAGAAAGCAAUGAGUGCCAAGGCCAGAAGCUAUUACUUCAAGGGGCCAAGCACAUGGGCAGGGCAGUUCAGCGCACCGGGGGGGGGCAAGGUUCCCGCCGCCGGCGUCCUUCUAGUGCCAGAUGUGAACCGGGCGACGAAGAGCUUGCGGCGAACCCUACGAAAGUCACACCUCGCUUGCUGGAGAAUAGGAAGUUUCCACUCCCGAUGUAUGUCGCUUUGGCCUUCGCGCAAGCCGACGCGGUUACUUUGGCUUUUUUUAUGUCAGCAUGGCUUGGCUUGUAUUCAGCGGCAUUGUGCUGGCCAGGAAGGAUGCAGCCGCUCUAA